GGUAGUGGGAGGACUUAUAUACCGCGGAUGCGAAGUCGUCUCUCAGUACGCUACCGCACUCGCGUGUUCAUCUCCACCUGUAUGUGUGUGAUAUUUGGAUAAAUUACCUAAAUCGACUGACCUACGACACAAGAUGACGCAACUACAGAUGCUGGUUGUAGGCGUCCUUUUGGCAACGGCUGCGGUAUCGGCUACACCACGCAAACACUACAAACGAGAUGCGCCGCUGAGCUCAUCCUACCUUCCGCCGUCCAGCGGUGGCUUCGGUAAACCUUCCUCGUCAUACGGUGCGCCAAGACCCUCCAGCAGCUAUGGUCCUCCCAAACCUAGCUAUGGACCUCCAAAACAAAGCUACGGACCUCCAAAACCAAGCUACGGACCACCAUCUCGCCCGUCUCCAUCUUAUGGACCCCCGAAACCAACUUACGGAGCUCCAGCUAGGCCUCCAUCUACUAGUUACGGUGUGCCUACUGGACCAUCCUCGAUAUACGGAGCUCCUAAACCAUCCAGCACUUAUGGAGCACCUUCAUCUGGUUUCUCUAGUUCAUCAGGAUCAUUCUCUGGCUCCUCAUCUAGUUCAUUUUCUGGAUCAUCAUUUGCUGCCCCUUCAAGCUCUUAUGGAACUCCAUCCAGUUCUUAUGGCGCACCUUCCAGCUCUUAUGGUGCUCCAGCCGCCCCUUCCAGCUCUUACGGUGCUCCAGCCGCCCCUUCCAGCUCUUACGGUGCUCCAGCCGCCCCUUCAACAUCUUAUGGAACACCAAUUGAUUCAUAUGGCGCACCCGCACCAUCAUCAUCUUACGGCGCCCCAUCUGGAGGCUUUGGAUCUAGCCACAGCUCAAGCAACUCUGGGCAUGGUAGCAGUUUCGGUUCUGGUCAUGGAAGCAGCUUUGGCUCUAGCCACGGAAGUAGCGACUUUAGCAGCUCUGGUUUUGGAAGCAGUGGUUUCGGAUCUAGUGGAUCAAGUGGACUAUCAUCAAGCUACGGCGCACCAGCUGCACCUUCUAGUAGCUAUGGAACCCCAUCAAGUUCGUACGGUACCCCAUCAAGCAGCUACGGUGCACCAAGCGGUGGUAGCUUUUCGAGUGGCCAUGGAUCUGGGGGCUUCUCGUCGGGUGGAUUUUCUGGAAUUUCCAGUGGAUCCAGCUAUUCUUCUGGUGGUUCCGGCGGCCAUAGCUCUGGUGGUUCAGGUGGUUACUCGUCCGGAGGUGGUUAUUCAUCAGGUGGUUCUGGCGGCCAUAGCUCUGGUGGUUCAGGUGGUUACUCGUCCGGAGGCGGUUAUUCAUCAGGUGGAUCUAGCGGUAUCCCCGCUACCAUCAACCAAAGCUACGAUUCGAACGGUGGCUAUGUUUACUAAAGCUUUGAACAGAUUUAAAAAAAGCACGCUGAGGGCGUUACCCGGGCUCACAGUAACUUGAUGCGAACUCACCAAUGUCCAAACCUGACUCUCUAAAUUUAGUUUCGUCAAUACUCAUAACUUUUAGUUGCAUACUUGAUUGCGAGCCUAGAGUUGAGUAUCACAAUCAUCCUGAAACAAUUGAAGUGCUUACACAGGAACACUGCAAUACUAAUAAUAUUUUAAUGAGCACAUAUGUAAUGUCUAUGUAUGUACCAUUUAAUAAAUAACAAGGCAUAAAUAACAAUAGUUGCACCGGAGUAGUUGUGUUUGCUUGAUGAUGUAUGUAUUUAACGAACGCUAUUCGACGUUGUUCAAGUAUUAUUUAAUUUUAAAAGAACUGUACAAAAUGUAGUUGUAAGAACAAAUUAUUUUGUAUGAAUUAAAGAAUGUGGUUAUA